UUUGACUUGUGAAACCGACUUUUACAGAGUAACGGUGCUCCCGGAACAACAAUCCUCCAUCAUGGCCGCCUCAGAUGUGAAAUUCGAAGGGGUAAAAUGCGAUGCUUGCUGUCGUAAAGAUAUAACAGGGACCCGCUGGAAGUGCGAAGUAUGUUGCGACCAUGAUCUCUGCGACGACUGCUACAAAAGCGGCAAGCACUACCGAGAGCACCCCUUCCUGCGGCUCAAGAAGCCCGGUGGUUCAGCGGAAAGAGUGCAGCCAAGAAAUAAAUCCAACAAGUUAGAUAGGACCAGCAUCGUGAGAGGCGGUGACAGGUUUUAUGGAAUCUGCUGCGACGGCUGUCGUCAGAUGAACAUAUCUGGAGUCCGCUGGAAGUUCAACUACUUCCUCAAUGCCAAACCAUCUUGA